GGCGGAAGAGUCGCUGGCUCUGCGCUGGGGUGUCCCGGGACGGCUGAGGGCCCCCCGGGGUGCAGGAGAGAACCGCCGGGGCGGGCCGGCCGCGCUCGGGGUGUCGGGGCCGCAGGCCUGAGGGAUGAGGAGGCGCCAUGUCCAGCGACGGGGCCAGGAAGCAGUUCUGGAAGCGCAGCAACAGCAAGGUCCCGGGCAGCAUCCAGCACGUGUACGGCGCCCAGCACCCCCCUUUUGAUCCACUGUUACACGGCACCUUGCUCAAGGCCACGCCCAAGGUGCCCACCACGCCCGUGAAGGCCAAGAGAGUCAGCACCUUCCAGGAGUUUGAGAGCAACACCAGCGAUGCCUGGGAUGCGGGCGAAGACGACGACGAGCUCCUGGCCAUGGCAGCUGAGCGCCUCAACUCCGAGGUGGUCAUGGAGACGGCCCACCGCGUCCUGCGCGACCACAGCCAGCGGCAGGAGCAGCACAAGCUGCAGGAGUCCCCAGGGCCCGGGCAGAAGCCCAAGCCCGCGGCAGAGCCGCCUCCGGUCGCCAGUGGGGACCUGCGGCUGGUGAAGUCUGUCAGCGAGAGCCACACGCCCUGUCCUGCAGAGAGUGCCAGCGGCCCUGCCCCUCUGCACAGGUCCCAGUCACUCCCGCACGCGGCCACCGUCGUGGCCCUGGGCAGCACGUCCGACCCCGGGACCCUCAGCAGCUCGGCACUGAGUGAGAGAGAGGCUUCCCGGCUCGACAAGUUCAAGCAGCUCCUGGCCGGCCCCAACACGGACCUGGAGGAGCUGCGGAGGCUCAGCUGGUCCGGGAUCCCGAAGCCGGUGCGUCCCAUCACGUGGAAGCUCCUCUCCGGCUACCUUCCUGCCAACGCAGAGCGCAGAGCCGCCACGCUGCAGAGGAAGCGGGAGGAGUACUUCGCCUUUGUGGAGCACUACUACGACUCGCGGAACGACGAGGGCCACCAGGACACCUACAGGCAGAUCCACAUCGACAUCCCGCGGAUGAGUCCCGAGGCGCUGACGCUGCAGCCCGCAGUGACGGAGAUUUUCGAGAGGAUCCUGUUCAUAUGGGCUAUUCGUCACCCUGCCAGCGGCUACGUCCAGGGCAUCAAUGACCUGGUCACCCCUUUCUUCGUGGUCUUCAUCUGCGAGCACACGGAGGAGGAGGACGUGGACAUCGCUGAUGUGUCCCGCGUGCCUGCGGACGUGCUGCGCAACGUGGAGGCCGACACGUACUGGUGCAUGAGCCGGCUGCUGGACGGCAUCCAGGACAACUACACCUUCGCCCAGCCCGGGAUCCAGAUGAAAGUGAGGAUGCUGGAGGAGCUCGUGGGCCGCAUCGAUGUCGGAGCCCGAGGGCUUCUCUCACUUCCACCUGUACGUGUGCGCUGCGUUCCUCGUGAGGUGGAGGAAGGAGAUACUGGAAGAAAGAGAUUUCCAAGAGCUGCUGCUGUUCCUGCAGAACCUGCCCACGGCCCGCUGGGGCGACGAGGAGGUCAGCCUGCUGCUGGCCGAGGCCUACCGCCUGAAGUUCGCCUUCGCCGACGCCCCCAACCACUACAAGAAGUGAGCGGGCCGGCACAGGCCCCACGCGGGGACAGGCACCGCCCGCGGCGCAGGCCGUGGCCCAGGAGCAGCCGGCUGGACAGCUCGGCCCCGGGCGCCUGCCGGGAGGUGCAGGCACGGCCCAGGCCUGGCAGGGUGGCGGCCUGUUGCUGAGAAACCAAAGAGAGCAGGGGAGGGUCCCGGCCGCAGGGCCAGUGGACAGUCGGGCCCUCCCCGUCCUGGAGCGACCUUGCCAAAUGACCCCUCCUGGGGACCCAGCGGCGGCCCUCGGAGAGCCUGCGUCCGCGCAGGGGCAGGGACAGGAGCCGUCGCACCGACUCUGAAAUGCAAACAUUCUAUUCUGUCGAGUGAAAGAAUAAAAUGUAGACACAGUGA